AUGUCUCAUCAACUAGGACGCCUUGUUGCACAAAUUUUGCAAAGAUAUUGUGGUGAAAUUGUGGAAAAAGUCGGGAAUGACCUAUUCAUGUAUGGAAGUAAACCAAUCGCGAUGAUAGUUAAGUCAACGGGUCUUCCGAGAACUCAGGUUAUUGAGAGCUUGAGAACACUUAUGAAAUUUGAUUUGGCAAUAUUUGAAGCUACAGGACCACAUGUGGAUUACAAACUUCUUCCGGACAAUGUAUUACUACUAAUUAGAUAUCCCAGAUAUCUCCUACAGAUGAAAAGUAAAUAUGGAACAGAAGCAGAACUUAUUAUAGAAGAAUUAUUACAACAAGCAACAUGUAGUGCUACCCUGCUGUUGGUCACCAUAGCCAAUAAAUAUAAGGAUGAUAAGGAUAAAAAUCUUACAAUAGUAACACUUAAAGACACAUUUAUCAGCUUGGCAACUGCUGCAUACAUCCAGCAAGCGCCAGUGGCAGAAAUGAAGGAAGGAUCCGAAAUUCCUAAUUUGGUACAAGUAGCUACAAUAGUACCAGACUUAGAUACCAGGGCUCUUAUGCAGGCCAUGGCUAAUCCAGCUGACAUUAAAGACAAUAUAUAUUGGAAAGUGAACUAUGACAGAUUUCAUCAGGACUUCCGAGAUGAUAUAAUGAUAAAAGCAAUGACAAGGCGUAUUGAUGAUACAGCGGGGGAAGUAAUGCGUUUAUUACUUCAACAAAUGUAUCUAUCGUCAGCUGCCUGGGCAGAGGAGUCCAAUGCAAUUCCUGUCACGGACUUGAGGGAGAGCUCGAGACUAACUGACAAAAUCCUCUUACAUCAACAUCUUGAGCAUUAUCUCAAGGUUAUGGAAGAGAACGGGGCAGGAUUCAUACGUCGCGCGGAUGUCCUUGAUCAUGUUGUUACCGAGCGAUUGGGCUCCAAGGCCGCGAGAAUAUUUAGAUUGAUAAGAGCAAAAAAGUAUGUAGAGGAGGAAGACAUACAGAAGAAUGCCAUGUUGCCAAAUAAGGAGUGCAAACAGUUGACAUACAAAUUAUUAGAAGAACAUUUCAUUAGUGUACAGCCGAUGAGGAAGUCUCAACAAGUGUCCGGAACACAGAAAGGGAUAUAUUUAUAUCAUGUCAAGUUAUUUGAGGCACUUCACGUCUGUCGUGAGAUGUGUUACUCGUCGCUUCACAACCUGUCCCGUGCUCGAAGUCAGCUGGUCUCGGAGCACGGUCGAGCCUUGGACAAACAGAGGCGCGUACGAACCAUUGUGCAUGGGAUGCGCAUGCGCAGCGAGACAGAGGAAAGCAUUAAUGAUGUGUUAGAAACAUUGACUCCUCCAGAAGUAAACCUACUGGCUCAGGUGGAGAAGCAGCUGAAACAGCUCAGUACGGCUGAACUCGAGCUGGACAGAAAUCUAUUUAUUCUUAAUUGGUAUCUCCACUAUCCUUAG